AACAAGAAUGAUAUUGUUUUUUUUCCAUAAAAGCAAUUAUUUUCUAACGUUCAAUAAUAAAAUAAAAAUAAAAAUAAAUAAAUGAACUCAUUCAUUAAGAUGCAUUUAGGCAUAUGAAAUCAUGUAAUGAGUAUUGUUUAACUAAAAGAAGUAUCCACAGCCCAUGAAUGAAUGUUCAUUUGGCUAAAUUCUAAAAAUAAAGAUAUUUCAAAAAAGAAUCUGAGAAAUUUUAUUUUUUUUUUAGAUUGUUUGUCAUUUGAUUUCAAGAUUUAGAUUCGCAUAUAAAAACGGUAUCGUUUCAGUCUUCCUGUUCCCCCCAAAAAAUAAUAUAUAAUACAUAUAUAUAUUUUUUCAAUUUUUUAAAUUACAAAAAUAACAUGAAUCCUACCAGUAUUUUUAUUAUUUUGAUUUUAGUGUCGUUCGCAACAUCAACUCCAACUCCAUUGAAACGUCAGGAUCAACUCAAUGGAUUUACUCAGUGCAAAGGCAGCUUUGCAAAUUCAAUUACUGCACUAAGUCAUACCCCGAAUCCAGUUGUCACAGGCCAAAAUAUUACUGUUCAUUUGGCUGGUACAGCAACUGAAAUUAUUAAACAGGGUACAACGAUUGUAUAUACGGCAUAUUUUAAGGACGAACCAACCAAAGUAGCAUUUCAACAUGAACAAGAUUUUUGCGAGGUUUUUGUUAAACAAAGUGGAUCCGAAUGCCCAGUAAAAAAAGGAGAUUACUCUUUUACUGCAUCUUGGUUCAUUGAAAAACAUCCUGAUGAACCUAAAAAUGUAGUUGAAUAUAGUUUUAAUAUUUCUGUAUUCGAUUCGGAUGGUAAAAUUUUGUCGUGUGUAAAUGGGCCAAUAAAAGUUUCCUAUUCUUAAAUUAAAAUUUAGGGUGUCCAGGAUAGAACGAUCACACCUUUUUCACACUUUUUGUUAUUUUUUUCACACUUUUGGUGUGGCCGCAUUUUUUGGCAAAGUUUUACAUUUUUCACACUAUCCGCAGUAAAUUGAGUUUUAUUGGUCGAUUUAUGAUCACAUGAUUGGUUUUUAUUUAUCAAAUUUUAAGAUAGUGAAUUUGAAGUUAAAAUUAUUAUGUUAAUUCCAGCCGAAAUUACGCUAAAUCUGGCCAGAAUUAAAAAUCGCACCAAACCACACUUUUUGUUUAAAAUCCUGGACACUCUAAUUAUUAAAUAUAAAUUUAUAUUGUAACUUACUAGCUUCGUUUAUGUUUUAUAUUAUAUCUUUUAAUAUAUUUUAUUUAUGUCUAAAUCAUUCAUAUUUUUUAACAAGAUAUAAUAAAUAAAUCAAUUAUAUUACUUACAAAG